AUGCGGGAAUAUUACAGCCAGCAAUUUACAAACGGUACAAACAGUAGAAACAGUAGAAACAGUAGAAACAGUAGAAACAGUACAAACAGUACAAACAGUAUAAACAGUAGAAACAGUACAAACAGUAGAAACAGUACAAACAGUAUAAACGGUAGAAACAGUAGAAACAGUAGAAACAGUAGAAACAGUAGAAACGGUAUAAACAGUAGAAACAGUAGAAACAGUAGAAACAGUAGAAACAGUAGAAACAGUACAAACGGUAUAAACAGUAGAAACAGUAGAAACAGUAGAAACAGUAGAAACAGUACAAACGGUAUAAACAGUAGAAACAGUAGAAACAGUAGAAACAGUAGAAACAGUAGAAACAGUAGAAACAGUACAAACGGUAUAAACAGUAGAAACAGUAGAAACAGUAGAAACAGUAGAAACAGUAGAAACAGUAGAAACAGUAUAAACAGUAGAAACAGUAGAAACAGUAGAAACAGUAGAAACAGUAGAAACAGUACAAACAGUACAAACGGUAUAAACAGUAGAAACAGUAGAAACAGUAGCAACAGUAGAAACAGUAGAAACAGUAGAAACAGUACAAACAGUAUAAACAGUAGAAACAGUAGAAACAGUACAAACGGUAUAAACAGUAGAAACAGUAGAAACAGUAGAAACAGUAGAAACAAUAGAAACAGUAUAAACAGUAGAAACAGUAGAAACAGUAGAAACAGUACAAACAGUACAAACAGUACAAACGGUAUAAACAGUAGAAACAGUAGAAACAGUACAAACGGUAUAAACAGUAGAAACAGUAGAAACAGUACAAAAGGUAUAAACAGUAGAAACAGUAGAAACAGUAGAAACAGUAGAAACAGUAGAAACAGUAGAAACAGUAGAAACAGUAGAAACAAUAGAAACAGUAUAAACAGUAGAAACAGUAGAAACAGUAGAAACAGUAGAAACAGUAGAAACAGUACAAACGGUAUAAACAGU